AUGACCGCAAGCGCCCCGCCGCGCAGCCCCGCCGCACCACCCCCUGCCGCACCAGCCCCGCCGCACCAGCCACGCCGCACCAGCCACUGCCCGCACCAGCCCCCGCCGCACCAGCCCCUGCCCGCACCAGCCCGUGCCCGCACCAGCCCCUGCCCGCACCAGCCCCGCCGCACCAGCCCCUGCCCGCACCAGCCCCCGCCGCACCAGCCCCUGCCCGCACCAGCCCCGCCGCACCAGCCACUGCCCGCACCAGCCCCUGCCCGCACCAGCCCCUGCCCGCACCAGCCCCACCGCACCAGCCCCUGCCCGCACCAGCCCCGCCGCACCACCCCCUGCCCGCACCAGCCCCUGCCGCACCAGCCCCUGCCGCACCACCCCCUGCCCGCACCAGCCCCGCCGCACCAGCCCCGCCGCACCAGCCCCUGUCCGCACCAGCCCCUGCCCGCACCAGCCCCUGCCCGCACCAGCCCCACCGCACCAGCCCCUGCCCGCACCAGCCCCGCCGCACCACCCCCUGCCCGCACCAGCCCCGCCGCACCACCCCCUGCCCGCACCAGCCCCACCGCACCAGCCCCUGCCCGCACCAGCCCCUGCCCGCACCAGCCCCGCCGCACCAGCCCCUGCCCGCACCAGCCCCGCCGCACCAGCCCCUGCCCGCACCAGCCCCCGCCGCACCAGCCCCGCCGCACCAGCCCCUGCCCGCACCAGCCCCCGCCGCACCAGCCCCGCCGCACCAGCCCCGCCGCACCAGCCCCUGCCCGCACCAGCCCCUGCCCGCACCAGCCCCGCCGCACCAGCCCCGCCGCACCAGCCCCGCCGCACCAGCCCCGCCGCACCAGCCACUGCCCGCACCAGCCCCGCCGCACCAGCCCCUGCCCGCACCAGCCCCCGCCGCACCAGCCCCUGCCCGCACCAGCCCCUGCCCGCACCAGCCCCUGCCCGCACCAGCCCCGCCGCACCAGCCCCGCCGCACCACCCCCUGCCCGCACCAGCCCCACCGCACCAGCCCCUGCCGCACCAGCCCCCGCCCGCAGUCCUGGCGAGACACCAGCCGGGCUUCCCUGCUACGGAGAGGAGGGGUCCCACGUCCCGUCCUGCGGGGGUGUGGGGCGCGCCCCUUCCCAGCCCGCGAGGCGCAGGAGCUGGGGGAAGGCCGCAGGAUUCCUGAGCGACGGCCCUGCCCAGAGAGCGGGGUGCGGUGGAACCUCGUCAGAGACCGUGGCUGCCACUGUGGACGGCGGGUACUCGGUGCUGUCCGUGUCACCCGACACCGGCAGACAGCAGAACCAAAACAGCUAUCUUAUCCUGUAA